AUGGCUAGCAUUGCUCACCUUAUUGUCUCGGGCCUGUUGGCUGCUACUGCGGUCAACGGCCAAGACUACGGCGGAUCUGGUCGAGGCGAAGACGCUUUCUCCUAUGUCCAGCCCCUUAACACAACUAUCCUUGGCCAGUAUGGACAUUCGCCCGCUGUGCUUCCGUCCCCCAAUGCAACCGGGUCUGGUGGCUGGGAAGAAGCCCUUGCCAAAGCCAAGGAGUUUGUUGCUCAGUUGACGCUCGAGGAAAAGGCCGACAUGGUCACCGGCCAGCCUGGGCCCUGCGUUGGAAACAUCGUGGCAAUUCCCCGACUGGGCUUCAAUGGUCUCUGCUUACAGGAUGGCCCCUUGGCCAUUCGUGUCGCUGACUAUGCUAGCGUCUUCUCGGCUGGUGUCACGGCGGCAUCGACCUGGGACAAAGACAUUUUAUAUGAGCGAGGUGUCGCUAUGGGAGAGGAAUUCAAGGGCAAAGGUGCCCAUGUCGCUCUUGGACCUGUAGCUGGCCCUCUCGGACGCUCAGGAUAUGGAGGUAGAAACUGGGAGGGCUUUGCAGCAGACCCUUACCUAACUGGUGUUGCCAUGGAGCUUACUAUUCAGGGUUACCAGGAUGUCGGUGUUCAAGCCUGUGCGAAGCACUUCAUCGGCAAUGAACAAGAGACCCAACGCAAUCCGAACUAUAAUCCCAACGGCACCUUGACGGAUGUCAUCCAGGAAGCCGUUUCCUCCAAUAUUGAUGACCGAACUAUGCACGAGCUAUACCUCUGGCCUUUUGCCAACGCUGCCCGUGCUAAGGUCGCCAGUGUUAUGUGUGCAUACCAGCGUCUCAACGGCUCCUAUGCCUGCCAGAACUCGAAGGUUCUCAAUGGUCUGCUCAAGGAGGAGCUUGGCUUCCAGGGUUAUGUCCAGUCUGAUUGGGGUGGUACUCACUCUGGUGUCGCCUCUAUUGAGGGGGGUCUUGAUAUGGACAUGCCGGGAGGUCUCGGAGAAUACGGCCUAGUUCCCGAAGCAGGCUCGUUCUUUGGAAAGAACGUUACUCUGGCUGUCAACAAUGGAACCGUUGAUGUGUCUCGUGUGGAUGAUAUGAUUAUCCGUAUCAUGACGCCUUACUACUGGCUCGGCCAGGACCAAGACUACCCAUCGGUUGACCCGUCGUCUGCCGACCUCAACACAUUCUCACCUCGCUCUACAUGGCUUCGCGAGUUUAACCUGACUGGAGAGCGUAGCCGUGAUGUUCGCGGCGAUCAUGGCAAGCUGAUCCGCAGACAUGGAGCUGAAGCCACUAUCCUGCUGAAGAAUGAGAACAAGGCCCUGCCCUUGAAGGCCCCCAAGUCAAUCGCUGUCUUUGGAAAUGAUGCUGGUGAGACCACCGUGGGUGCCGUCAACCAAGCUACCUUUGAAUAUGGCACCCUUGCUGCCGGUGGCGGCUCGGGAACUGGUCGUUUCACAUAUCUGGUCUCCCCGCUGGAGGCCCUCAAGUCCCGUAGCCAGCAGGACAACACUUUGGUUCAGUGGUGGUUGAACAAUACCCUCAUUGCGGAUUCAGACGUGACUACCCUCUGGGUCCCCACGCCACCAGAUGCCUGCCUCGUCUUCCUCAAGACCUGGGCCGAAGAGGGCUCAGACCGCGAACACCUUACUGUAGAUUACAAUGGCAACGAGGUUGUCGACUCCGUGGCGUCGAAGUGCAACAACACUAUUGUUGUCACUCACUCAUCUGGCAUCAAUGAACUUCCGUUUGCCAACCACCCCAACGUGACCGCCAUCCUCGCCGCUCACUACCCCGGACAGGAGUCCGGUAACUCCAUUGUCGAUGUGCUGUACGGCGAUGUCAACCCCUCCGGAAAGCUGCCAUACACAAUCGCCAAGAACGGCAGCGACUACAAUGCGCCUCCCACGACCGCCGUGACAACCACCGGUCCGGAGGACUGGCAGGCAUGGUUCGACGAGAAGCUCGAGAUCGAUUACCGGUACUUCGAUGCCCACAACAUCUCCGUGCUUUACGAAUUCGGGUUUGGUCUGUCAUACACGACCUUCGGUCUUUCCGAUAUCAACGCCGAACCCCUGGCCGAGUCUAUCUCCUCCGUCCCCGAACAACUGCCCAUCCAGCCCGGAGGAAACCCCGCGCUGUGGGAGAGCGUCUACAACGUGUCCGUCGUGGUCACGAACACUGGUGACGUGCAGGGAGCGGCAGUCCCACAGCUCUACGUUACCUUCCCAGACAGCACCCCUGCUGGAACCCCGCCUAAGCAGCUCCGUGGAUUCGACAAGGUGUCCCUGGCACCCGGUGAGUCGCAGACUGUCGGCUUUGAGCUCAUGCGCAGAGACCUGAGCUACUGGGACAUUGUGUCGCAGGACUGGCUGAUCCCUGAGGGCGAGUUCACCAUCCGAGUGGGUUUCAGCAGCAGAGACCUGACCCAGGUGACUACGAUUACUCCGGUGUCGGCUUAA